AUGGAAGCAGCUUUGGGACUGCUCAGGAGAAUGCCGCCGAAGCAAUCGGAAACGGCUCUCUCUGCUCUUCUCAGCCUUUUGCCUCAACAUUCUUCCGAUCUCCUCUCUCAAGUCGAUCUCCCUCUCCAGGUGUUACGUGACGGUGAGAGUAGGAAAGAUUUCAUCUUGUGCGAGUACAAUAGAGAUGCAGAUUCGUACAGGUCUCCGUGGUCGAAUAAGUACCAUCCUUCGCUAGAGGAUGCUCUUUACCCGUCGUCAGAGUUAAGAAAGCUUGAAGUUGAAGCCAAUGAUAUCUUUGCAAUCUACCGUGACCAGUAUUAUGAAGGUGGAAUAUCUUCGGUCUACAUGUGGGAGGAUGAUAAUGAAGGCUUUGUGGCAUGUUUCCUCAUCAAGAAAGAUGGGUCAAAGUCAGGUCAUGGUAGGAGGGGAUGCCUGGAAGAAGGAGCUUGGGAUGCCAUACAUGUUAUACAGGUUGGUCCAGAGGAAGAGGAAAUGGCACAGUAUUGCUUAACAAGCACCAUCAUGCUCUCUCUAACCACUGAUGAUGAGUCCUCAGGCAAAUUCGGCUUAUCCGGAUCAAUCAGAAGACAAAUGAAAAUGGAGCUGGCAGUAGCAGAGGGACAUCUGUGCAAUAUGGGGAGAAUGAUUGAAGAAUUGGAAGGCAAACUUAGGAACUCACUUGAUCAGGUUUACUUUGGGAAGACGAGAGAAAUGGUUUGCACAUUACGUCCACCAGCUGAGAUUGUACAGAUGAGAUUACCAGACACCUGA